CGCCUUCCUGACGCCUCCCAUCUCGACCUCAUCGACCGUUCAAUUCAUCACAGACGGAUUGGAAACCGUGUUCUUGUGAUCAUUUCUGUCCAACCAGUUGGAUUGUUCUAAUUUUUCCAAGUCUGCUUCGAUUUCGACCUCUAACUCCCAAGCUUCCUGUUGCCUUGGCAAAAGACGCGCCGCGACCGUUAGAGUUUUCUAAGAACCCCGUGCCAUUGUAACAACUUUCGCCAACAUGUCUCACGAGGAAGAUCUCAUCGAUUACUCCGACGAGGAGCUCCAGACCACCGACGCGGCGGCGGCCACCACCACCGCGGCCGCUCCCGCCGCCAAUGGAGAAGACAAGAAGGGCGAUCUGACGGUGACUGGCCGUCCUGACAAGAAGGGUAGCUAUGUCGGUAUCCAUUCGACCGGUUUCCGCGACUUCCUGCUCAAAGGAGAACUCCUACGUGCCAUCACCGAUUGCGGUUUCGAACAUCCAUCGGAGGUCCAGCAAGUUUGCAUUCCCACCGCCAUUUUGAAUGUCGAUGUUCUCUGUCAGGCGAAGUCCGGUCUCGGUAAGACCGCGGUUUUCGUCCUGACCACCCUUCACCAGCUGGAGCCCGUGCCGGGCGAGUGCUCUAUUCUGGUCAUGUGCCACACCCGCGAAUUGGCCUAUCAGAUCAAGAACGAGUACGCUCGAUUCAGCAAGUACCUGCCCGAUGUGAAGACGGCCGUUUUCUACGGUGGUACCCCCAUCCAGAAGGACGUGGAGGUUCUGUCGAACAAGGACUCUUAUCCCAACAUCGUUGUCGGUACCCCCGGUCGUCUGAAUGCUUUGGUUCGCGACAAGAAGCUUUCCUUGCGCAACGUCAAGGCGUUCGUUCUCGACGAGUGUGAUAAGAUGCUUGACCAGAUCGACAUGCGCCGCGAUGUUCAGGAGAUCUUCCGCGCCACCCCUGCCGACAAGCAGGUCAUGAUGUUCAGCGCCACCCUGUCGCAGGACGUCCGACCUAUCUGCAAGAAGUUCAUGCGCAACCCCCUCGAGGUCUACGUCGACGAUGACACCAAGCUCACGCUGCACGGUCUGCAGCAAUACUACAUCAAGCUGAGCGAGGCGGAGAAGAACCGGAAGCUGAACGAGCUCCUGGAUAACCUCGAGUUCAACCAGGUCAUCAUCUUCGUCAAGAGCACCCUUCGUGCGAACGAGCUGGACAAGCUGCUGCGCGAGUGCAACUUCCCCAGUAUCGCCGUGCACUCGGGUGUGAGCCAGGAGGAGCGUAUCAAACGCUACAAGGAGUUCAAGGAGUUCAACAAGCGUAUCUGUGUGGCCACCGACGUGUUCGGCCGUGGUAUCGAUAUCGAGCGCAUCAACCUUGCCAUCAACUACGACAUGCCCGCGGACGCCGACUCCUACCUGCACCGUGUCGGUCGUGCCGGUCGUUUCGGUACGAAGGGUCUGUCGAUCUCCUUCGUCAGCAACGACGACGACGAGAAGGUGCUCAAGGAUAUCGAGAAGCGCUUCGAAGUUGCCCUUCCUGAAUACCCCGAGGGCGGCGUCGACUCCAGCACCUACAUGGCUUAGAAAACCGGUUAAUAUCUCAAGAUUGUAUCUGGCGAAAUCUGUCUACGUUUCAUUUUGCAGUCCCCGUUCUAGUUUUUCCUAUUUUCGUUUGUUUUGGCGUGAUGGCUCGGUUCAAGUUUGUCUCCCGUUGUCGUUGUAAUGAGGCACUGGCAUGAUGGCGAGCGGUCCAGGGCCAGUGCUCAUGGUAGUCUUAGGUGUAUUAUCAAUGAUUCGGCAGUUUGUCUCG